AUGGAACUAUUAGAACUUUUAGAUGACGUCGAGUUAGUAUGUGUCGCGCUUGCUGCUGACACAGUUGAGCGACACCGUGUUCAUUGGGUCCACCCACUCAAUGCUCAGAGAAUAACUUUGGGUGAGUUCCACUGUUUAUACUCUGACUUGAGACAAUAUCCGGAUCGUUUUUUUAAUUAUUAUCGUAUGUCUAUUAAAUCAUUUGACGAAUUAGUAAUUUUAUUGAGACCACGUAUAUCCGAAACGAACUCCACUUUCAGAGAAACUAUUGGCGUUGAAGAACGGCUGACAGUUACAUUAAGGUAA